AUGAACCAAUCAAUUUUUGUUGAACGUCAAACUUGUGCUCGGACACAAGUUAUUGGGAAUAAAGAGAUAUACAUUGUUGUUAAACAAAAUAAUUUUGUCAUACAACUACAUUCAGAAUCUAUACAAUUAACAGAGUGUGAAUUUAAGUGUGUAUUAAUUUAUGAUACUCCUGAUAAACGAAUAGUUCCAUUUGUCAAUGCUUCACCAAUUAAAUAUAAAAUACAUCAAUUAACAACACAUUCUGUUUCAAUAGAAAGUAAAUUAACUGUUUUAUCUAGUCAACAUGAAGACAUGUUAUUUAUUGUACGUAUUGAUAUUUUUAAUAAUAAACAAUUAAUUACUAGACUUUUUUCUGCUCCAAUCAAAGUCACUUCUAAACUUGAGUCUAAAAAGAAACCAAAAUUUGAUAUUCUCAAAGGAGAUAAUGAAAAAAAACCAAGAAUCUAUGAAGACUUAAAUAUUUCAAAUUCAUCAAGUCCUACGGAUGAAUCAAAUAUUUGUGUACUUACUCUUCUUGCCACGAAUUCAAUAUUAAUAGAACAAGUAAAAAAGAAUCUUAAUAAAAUAGAACCAAUUGAAACAUUAGAAAAUGGAUUAAAAAAAUAUAUUCGAUUAAUGCUUUCACUUGAUUUCAGUUGUCAUCAGUAUUAUCUCUUUGAUUCUAUAAAAUCAUUAUCUCCUCAACAAAUAACAGCUUUAGAAGAAAUAUCAAAUGUCUUUACUCAUUCCUCUCACUCAAGUCCAUUUAUUAAUUUUAAUCCACAAACUCAGAACCAAGAAACACGACUUGAUUUAAUUAAUAAUUCAAUACAAAAUCCAUUUUUAAGGAAGUCAUCAAUUGAACAACAAUUUUAA